GUCUGCAAAUUGCCUGGCACCCUCCCUAAUGUUCCCUUUUCCUUCCUUCAGAAGGUUUGGGGCUGGGACCCCAAACACCUGAGUGCAAGACUCUGGGCCCCCUGAGGGAAGUGGGCUAAGGCCUGGCCCGGGGGCGCCCCUUCCUCGGGAAAGCCUGGGAUGCCCAUCAGCUGUAGUGGCUCCUGAGCACAUGGAACCCUCAGCCACCCCAGGGCCUCAGAGGUGGGUCCCUGCUGACAGCGGGGAACCAUCCCCAGUGCCUCCAGACUACGAAGACGCGUUUCUCCACUAUCUCUGGCGUGAUUAUCUGUACCCGAAGCAGUACGAGUGGGUCCUCAUUGCAGCAUACGUGGCUGUGUUCCUCGUGGCCCUGGUGGGCAACACGCUGGUCUGCCUGGCCGUGUGGCGGAACCACCACAUGAGGACAGUCACCAACUACUUCAUCGUCAACCUGUCCCUGGCUGACGUGCUGGUGACAGCCAUCUGCCUGCCGGCCAGCUUAUUGGUAGACAUCACUGAAUCCUGGCUCUUUGGCCAUGCCCUCUGCAAGGUCAUCCCCUAUCUACAGGCCGUGUCUGUGUCCGUGGCAGUGCUGACUCUCAGCUUCAUCGCCCUGGACCGCUGGUAUGCUAUCUGCCACCCCCUGCUGUUCAAGAGCACUGCCCGGCGUGCCCGUGGCUCCAUCCUGGGCAUCUGGGCUGUGUCACUGGCCGUCAUGGUGCCCCAGGCUGCUGUCAUGGAAUGCAGCAGUGUGCUGCCCGAGCUAGCCAAUCGCACCCGGCUCUUCUCUGUCUGUGAUGAACGCUGGGCAGAUGAUCUCUAUCCCAAGAUCUACCACAGCUGCUUCUUCAUCGUCACCUACCUGGCCCCGCUGGGCCUCAUGGCCAUGGCCUACUUCCAGAUCUUCCGCACGCUUUGGGGCCGCCAGAUCCCUGGCACGUCAGCCCUGGUGAGGAACUGGAAGCGGCCCUCAGACCAGCUGGAGGACCAGGGGCAGGGCCCGGGUGCAGAGCCCCCGCCUCGGGCCCGUGCAUUCCUGGCCGAGGUAAAGCAAAUGCGAGCUCGGAGGAAGACGGCCAAGAUGCUGAUAGUGGUGCUGCUGGUCUUUGCCCUCUGCUACCUGCCCAUCAGUGUCCUCAAUGUCCUCAAGAGGGUUUUCGGGAUGUUCCGCCAAGUCAGCGACCGAGAAGCAGUCUAUGCCUGCUUCACCUUCUCCCACUGGCUGGUGUACGCCAACAGCGCCGCCAACCCCAUCAUCUACAACUUCCUCAGUGGCAAAUUUCGGGAGCAGUUUAAGGCCGCCUUCUCCUGCUGCCUGCCCGGCCUGGGUCCCUGCGCCUCCCUAAAGGCCCGCAGCACUCGCUCCUCUGCCAGCCACAAGUCCUCGUCCUUGCAGAGCCGGUGCUCCGUCUCCAGAGUCUCGGAGCACGUGGUGCUCACCAGCGUCACCACGGUGCUGCCCUGAGCCAGGGCCAUCCUGGUGGCACCGGGGGUGCAAACUACCCCCUGCCGGGGCUGCUGCUCUGGCUGCUGGGCGACCUACCCCCACUCCUCGUGGAAAGACUGCUGGUUGCAGAGAGAGGCCGGGGCUCCACUCCUGGUUUUCUGCCCGUUUAACUCUGGGCAGUGUCCCUUCCCUUCUCUGAGCUGUGUCCCCUAAGCAGGAUUGAUAUGAGGAUUAAGCACGCUCAAGAAAGUGGAAAGCUCUUUGUAAACUGUAGAGUGUUAUGCACAAGAUUAUC